UUCAAGUUUCAAAAUAUUUUGCUCGUUUCGAGUAAAUUUCAUUUCAAUCAACGACGACGCAGUGGAGAUGAACCCUUCUCACGGUGCUGCCGACGGUAAGCAACGACCGGCGAUGUAUCCCGAAAUCGACCAAUCUAUUCCAGAUAACCCCUUCGCUCAGACGAAUCCUUACGUCUCUUCUUCCCCUAAUCUCUACCCUCCCGUCUCAUCCAACAACCAACCACCGUCUGCUCCUCCGCAGGCUGUCGAAGAGAUUCUCAUCCGAGUCCCCGGCGCCAUCCUCAACCUCAUCGACAAAUCCUACAGCGUCGAGCUCGCGUGCGGCGAUCUCACCAUCGUCCGAAUCGUGCAGGGAGAGAACAUCGUCGCCGUUCUCGCCAACGUCGCUGACGAGAUCCAGUGGCCGUUAACGAAACGCGAGGUGGCGACCAAGGUCGAUGGAUCGCAUUACUUCUUCUCGAUCCACCCGCCGAAGGAAUCCGGAUCCGAUUCGGAUGAUGAGAUCUUAAACUACGGGUUGACCAUUGCUUCGAAAGGGCAAGAGAACGUGUUACACGGGCUUGAUCAGGUUCUUAGGGACUAUUGCUGUUUCGCCGAGCAGAGGAUGUCUGAGAAGGCCAAGGGUGAAGAGGUGCUUGGAAACUCAAUGGCUGCUGCGACUUCUCCCGAGGAGUUGAAGGGUGAUAGGAAGGACAUUGUGGAGGGUCAAUGUGCGGCUUAUUGGACCACGCUCGCCCCUAACAUUGAGGAUUACAGUAGCAAGACUGCUAAGAUGAUAGCUUCUGGGUCAGGUCAGCUGAUCAGAGGGAUACUUUGGUGUGGGGAUGUGACUGUGGAGAGGCUUAAGAGGGGAAACGAGGUUAUGAAGAAUAGGCUGAGUCGUGCCGAGAAGGAGAAAGAUGUUAGCCCUGAGACGUUGAGGAGAAUCAAGAGGGUUAAGAGAGUGACACAAAUGACGGAGAAAGUGGCGACUGGUGUUCUUUCUGGUGUUGUCAAAGUCUCGGGAUUCAUCACUGGCUCGGUGGCAAACUCAAAAGCUGGAAAGAAGUUUUUUGGCCUCUUGCCUGGAGAGAUCAUUCUUGCAUCCCUCGAUGGAUUUAGCAAGAUAUGUGAUGCUGUUGAAGUGGCUGGAAAAAACGUCAUGUCGACUUCAUCAACCGUCACAACGGAACUCGUUGAUCACAAGUAUGGAACAAAAGCAGCCGAGGCUACUAACGAAGGGCUGGACGCAGCAGGACACGCUUUUGGAACGGCGUGGGUUGCUUUCAAGAUCCGAAAGGCACUUAACCCUAAAAGUGUCUUAAAGCCUUCAACAUUAGCCAAGUCUGCUGUCUCUGAUUUAAAGGCUAAGAAAGGCUCCAAGUAACAGCCUUCCCGGAAAGCAUGUAUAUGAAGUAUUCAUACUUGCAUUUAGUUUAUCCUUUUGGAAAAUUAAAUGAUGAAUUACCAAUGCAUUCUACAUUUUUCUUGUGUAUAUUGUGAUUCUAUGUAUAACUAUGUAAAAACAAUUUCUUUGCAUUUUCUCUUACUAUAUACUCCAUCCUUUCA